AUGCUCUCGUUUCCGACGCCCUCAGUCUACCAGUCGUCGAAAUGCUUCGUCACCUACGGGGUUAUGGGCCAUCUUGACCCUAAUCAGCCACCAACCAAAAGCAAGCCAUGGUCAACAGUUGCAAGCCAGGACUUCAUCAACAGGGUCGAACUCAUCAUACCUCAAGAAGCCUUUGAAGUUGUGCGGAAAAUUUUGAAUGAAAAAGCAGCACCUGAGUUUAAGCGGGUGGUCAUGUCCUUGCACGACAUCUUAUCUGGUGACUUCUUUACUGAAUACAUCAAGAAGGGUAUCUUGACAAUGUUAUUGGACAAGGAAGCAUAUGAAAGAGCAGGUCUUGUUGGCAAGCCUGACGGAGUGAAAGGAAAGCGUGGUCUGAAGCCCCGGUGGGUCGUUGAAGUCGACCUUACGAGUUCGUCGAUGGUCCCAGGCAAGAAAGGAUUCGACAGACUGAUCUAUGCGAGCAAGAACGCUUUCAAUACACCAGUCACUUGGCUAUUCUGCAACCUUUCUUCCACCAUCCCCAAUCCAGAUCCCCUCGCGUCACAUUCGCCGACCAAGUGUGCAGCAGAGCCCAGUGUCCUGGAAAACCUCGACGCCAUGCUGCCGACCCUGAAGCCUCCGGUUGACACAAUCGGACCAGAGGGGAGAGAGGAACUCGAAUACUUCUCUACCGAGCUCUAUGAGUGGCUAUCACUGGUUCGACUGCAGAGCCCCCGAAUUCAGGUGGGCGACCAGGUUGAUCCGUAUCUUUGCCGAUAUCAGGUGCCUGGUGAUGGCCAGCAAGGCAAAAUCUGCAAGCUUACUUGGCAGGGCUUUCUUGCUCCGUCCUGGUGUCGGGAGAUUCUCCUCAAUCUCGUCGCUGAGCUCCCGUCAAAAACAUGGUUCUCGUUCAGCACGACGACCUUCUCCAAGGGCAUGGCUGGGGAUAACUCUGAGAUUUCUCUCUUUCGGCCCCAAGGAGCGCCGGGGGAAUAUGUAAUGUGGGAGAUCAAGAGCCAUGAGUGA